CAUCAGUCCGAUUCACCGUCUAACUCGACAUCCAGAAGGCCUAUUUUGAAGAUUUACAAAAUCAUUAUUUACGGACGCCAGGAAUUCGAGUUGCAUGAGGACUACUACGUGUUGACAGGCGACUCACAAACGAUUGCAUUGAAAAUGUCCGCCAAUAUGACUACUCCAGCGUCGGCCUUACAAGCCAAUAUUACCGGAAAUAAUUCUGCCAACGACACGAGCCACGGAUAUCGACUGAAUAUGUGGGCAAAUUAUCCGGCCGUGCCACCGCUGCUGACUUUCCUGUGGGCAGUCUUAAUGAUUGUCGGAGUUGUUGGAAAUUUAGGUUUCAUCUAUGUACCCGGGGAAAUUCGAAACUUGUACUAUUACGCAGAUGACAGUCUGUGGCUCAAUAAAGGCUAUUGUAUUGUGAUGAACACCAUCUCCAGUCCGUGCCAGUAUGCAUCACUGUUCACCAUGACUGUCAUCGCUUUCGAGAGAUACUUCGCAAUAUGCCGACCUUUCAAGAUGAGCGGAGUAACAAAUAAAAAAGGAAGAGCCUUUCGCUUCAUUGCCUUCAUUUGGAUCAUGGGUAUCAUUGUCUCGGUGCCGACUUAUUUAACUUGCAAUCAAAAUAUCAGCCAAAGCCAAAACAAAAACUUGUUAAUUGCGCUGUUUGUCAUCAGAUUGAUAACAUUUGUACCCUCGAUGGUACUCGUGGCGGUUCUCUACAUACAAGUGGGAAGAGCGUUGACGGAAAGGACGAACAAAGGAAGUGGUAAAGACGAGCAGGUUCGCAACGAACGCAAACAGGUGGUUCGUAUGCUCGUGGUUACUGCAGUCGUAUUCUUUCUGUGUAUGAUUCCGACGCAGGUAUAUACUCUAAUCACCACGAUGUCUGUGUUUGGAAUCACUAAAUAUCCUACAUUUAACGUGGGCUUGUCUAUGUUUGCUAUAAACAAGACCCUGAUGUACAUCAACUCAGCCGCCAAUCCCAUCAUAUAUAAUGCUAUGAGCUCCAAAUACCGGGUGGCAUUCAAAGAAGCACUUGGCCCUCUUUGCUGUUGCGUGGAACAGCGGUCGAAACAGAAAUAUUACUACGAUACAAGCAACCACACCAUGGUAACAAUGUAA